UAUGAUAUGAUAUAUACAGACUUGCUCUCAGUGGAAGUUGUCUCAUAAUUUCGAAAAGUUGAAAAAGUUUUCUGUUGUAAAAAAUGGCAAUGCGUGCUAACAUCUUCAAUGAAAAUUUUCUUAAUGAAGCAGAUCAGGACGCAAACACUGUUCUGAUUGAAUUGGAUAAAGGUAGCAUAGGUCUGAGGUCCGCUAAAAUUGGAGAACAAUGUGAGGCUAUCAUUCGAUUUCCUAAGCUUUUUGAGAAGUAUCCUUUCCCAAUUUUGAUAAACUCUUCUUUCCUGAAAUUGGCCGAAUUGUUUCGUAUCGGAUCAAAUCUAUCCCGGCUUUGGAUUCUAAGAGUUUGUCAACAAAGUGAGAAACACCUGGAGAAAAUAGUUAACGUGGAGGAAUUUGUGAAACGUAUUUUUAUGGUCAUCCAUUCUAACGAUCCUGUAGCUCGAGCACUUACGUUGAGAACCAUUGGUGCAGUAGCGUGCGUGAUACCGGAAAAGGAGCAGGUUCAUCAUGCCAUUCGUAACGCGUUGGACAGCUCCCGGAUUGAAAUAGAAGCCGCCAUCUUUGCGAGUGUGAACUUUGCUGCACAAUCUAAGGACUAUUUCGAUCGUGGAUUAAGGAUGAGCCAAGUAAUGCUGCCGGGGAGUUUCUUUCCGGAUGAAAUCAAUGGAAACAGUGCAACAAUCUCAUCCACGGGUCAACUGAUCACCAAGAGGGCAAUCCUACUGCAACCAGGCUGCUUGUUUGGAUCGCCAAAU